UGGGCAGCUGUGACCAGUACCAAACAAGCACUGGUAUUUGGCAGUCUGGGUGUAAUUACCGCCAUAUUGGUAUCUUCCGAUUAACGUGAUCUCCCGCUUUCAUGAUUUCUACAACUUCCGGUUGUCUAUGCGAUUGCAGUGGCCGGUACUGCAGAGUAAGCAGAGAACAUGCUGGAGAAUGAAGCAAACCUGCAGGAAUAUCAAAACAGGAGGAAGAAGAAAAAGAAGAUGAUGGUAUCCGGGAGUGAGAGUGAUGGAUAUCUUAUGGAGAUAUCCUCAACAUCAAGCCUGUCACUGGAGCAGCUACAUGAGAGUUUGGCUGCCAGCUCAGAAAUGCAGUCAGGGGAGGAGAAACGCAGAAAAAAGAAGCACAAGAGGAAAAUGGAAGGUGGCAUUGCUGAGGAGUCUGUGUCUGAAUCUAUAACGGUAGGACAAGGAGAAGGAAGGAAAAGGAAAAGGCGGCGGCGGCGGCAACAGCAGGGAAACGAGGAGGAGGAUGGUGCCCCCGUGGUUUCAGAGACAGAGGGGGCACUGGUGGAGGAAAUGGAAAAAAAGAAGAAGAAGAAGAAAGGGAGUGAGGUGAGUGACGCUGAAGAAAAUGCUUUAGAGGUGCCUGACAGGGAGACUGUAAUUGCAGAAGAAAGAGUGAGAGACAAAGAAACGAAGAAAAGACGGAAAGAUUCCAAAAUGGAGCAAGACAACAAUAUAAUGGCUCUGGAGAACCCAGACAGUAACAUAGGAGUUUGCGGUUGGCUUAUAGUGCUAUUUUCCAUCUUGUUGACUGUGCUCACCCUGCCCAUAUCAAUAUGGCUGUGCAUUAAGAUUGUGAAGGAGUACGAGCGGGCCAUCAUUUUCCGUCUGGGACGCAUCAUGCGCGGAGGAGCCAAAGGACCAGGUCUCUUCUUCAUCCUGCCCUGCACUGAUAGCUUCAUUAAUGUAGACAUGCGCACCAUCACCUUUGAUAUUCCCCCCCAGGAGGUUUUAACGAAGGAUUCUGUGACUGUCAGUGUGGACGGGGUGGUUUAUUACCGGGUGCAGAAUGCUACGCUGGCGGUGGCCAACAUCACCAACGCUGACGCGGCCACGCGUCUGUUGGCACAGACGACCCUCCGCAACGUGCUGGGCACCAAAAACCUGGCUGAGAUCCUGUCCGAUCGCGAGGAGAUCGCCCACAGCAUGCAGUCCUCUCUGGAUGAUGCCACAGACGACUGGGGCAUCAAAGUGGAACGGGUGGAGAUUAAGGACGUCAAGCUUCCACUGCAGCUCCAGAGAGCCAUGGCAGCAGAGGCUGAAGCGACACGCGAGGCCAGAGCGAAGGUGAUCGCGGCAGAGGGGGAGAUGAACGCCUCCAGGGCACUAAAGGAGGCCUCCAUGGUGAUUGCCGAGUCACCCUCUGCCCUGCAGCUCCGCUACUUACAGACCCUCAACACCAUUGCUGCGGAGAAGAACUCUACCAUUAUCUUCCCCCUGCCUAUAGACAUGAUGCAGAGCUUCCUGAAACGCUGAUGUAUGUCCCAGUCACGGCCUUUCUGCUUCAGGUGCACCGGACUCCAGUCACUGCGACUUACAGAAUGUGCUUGUUGUCAUUGCAGCUGCAGUGUUAAUUAAUUUACCUUUUUUAUCUAUUGACGAAAUGAAUAACAUAAUCAAAAUGAAAUUCAAAGUUGCCUACCCUACUCUCGCGUAUCUUGGCGUGACACUCACGCUUUCAGACUCUCACCCUCACGCAAGAAAUCUUCCAGCAAAUCUGUAUUAUUCCAUUAUAAACCUAAGAUUAACUACAUCAAACGUUUUUGGGUAGUUUGCAAACCCUGCAGACUAUUUACAUAGUAAUAAAACUGUUACAUACAUGUAAACAUAUGUGCAUGUGUGUGCAAACUUGUCUUGAAUUGAAAAUCUCACUCCAGCCAGUUGACCAAAGUUGGCAACUCUGAAAAUCAAACUUGGACUCGAGCAGCGUGGUGGUGUUGGUAGGUGUGGUACAUUUCUGCAGGUUCUCCCAUCUUCAUGCAGACCUCCUCUCACCACUCCAAGUUUCUCACACAGUGUAAACAGAAAGUUUUCAGUUGAGGAAAGACUCAUUUUUCAAAGUGUAAAACCAACUUUAUUUUUUAGUAUAAAACAGCUACGCUGAAAUUUUCAAAUAAUAUACGUUUUUGAUAUUUCUGAAACCUUAAAAGGCUGUAAUGUCAGUGUGGUGAUACACGGGGCAGCUUUGUGGGUAGUGUUGCUCAGGCACUUAUCCAUUGAUUCUGGGGAAUGAAUUUCUACAUGGAGAACUUUGAUCACGAUCAUGCGGAGGAGUUGCCCUUUGUCUCACCUGGCUGGCAACUGCCCGGCAACAUUUCUCAAAAAUUUGCCCUGUGUAUCAUAACCUUAAGUGUUGAAAUUACCUGCAAGAAGCAGAUAACUUUCAUUCAUUCUUUUAUUUAUAGGUUAAGAUGUGUUUUAGAAACAUUAUUUUUUUGUUAUUUAAUACUUUUUGUAACUUAAGGUGAAUUAGUUAUAGUUAGCUCCCUGUUAUGGUUGGCACCCCAUCCUGGAUUGUUCCCUGCCUUGUGCCUGUAGCCUCCUGAAUAGACUCCAGACCCCCUGCGACCCUGAAUAGGAUAAGGGGUUUCAGAAAAUGGAUGGAUGGAUGGAUGGAUGGAUAGUUGUAAUAAUCAUUAAAAACCAUGUUUAGUUAAAUAUGAUGAUCAAGUGGAAGAAAGACCAUUAUUUGUGGUCUGAUAGGAUUUAGGUUUAAAUUGUCCUGCUCUGACAUCAUCAGCAUCCAUUUAAGACACACGUGGCUACAGUCACUUAUUGGUAGCUGGUGUACUGAGAGAACGAGCUUUUCAGUAGGUCGUGUCUUUUUACUGUAAAAUUAGUUACACUCACCAUUUACUCUCUGCAGCCUAAAUAUGACCGGCAUUGACUGAUAAAACCGACAGCCUGGUCACAGCCAAACCAAUACGCACGGAAUGAAACAGCAGUGAGCACGCACUGGGUUUGCUAUUCUCCUUCAAGCCAUGCCUAAACAUCUUUUCAAUAAUUUUCCGAAAUCCCUGGCCCACAUGCAGUUAGAAUCAGUGCUACAUUUAGUUCAUUUGUCUGCAUUUAACCUAAUGAGCCUAGUAUUUACAUUAAAGCUCAAUAAUUAGGUAUAAGUCUUACCUCUGUGUAGCUACAUUUGCUGUGCGUAUGUGUUGUGAAUUUGCAGCCUUUAAUAAUUGCCAUCUGUGAUUGCUAAUAAUCGAAGCCUUAAGUUAGUGCCAUGAAACUGAAUUUUGUGCAUUCCAAAACAAUAUUAAAUAUGCAAACUCAUUACACUUCAGGACGUAUAGUACAAAUGAGUAUUUUAAUCUGUGGGAAUUCCUUAUGAUUACAUGGAUAUUGUCUGAGUUAGUUUAAUUAUCAAAUCAUCUUUGGUUAAGUCAGUUGUUUGAAGAUGAAUUUUGGCUCUUUAUUCUUAACUUUAUAGUCUGUUCCAGUCAUUGCAUCAAUUGAUAUGUAUGUUGCAUUGUAUUAUAGUCUAAUGGUACUGAAACUUUGAUCCAGCACAGAGAUGAGACUCUGAUGCUUGAUAGAUCACUGGGUCUGUAAUUCUGUAAUAAUAACUAGUGCCAAAAAGCAGAUGCUUUUCCUCGGUUACAAUGCCGUUGUGAUGGAAGCUCCAUUUUUCUCAUCCUAAAAUGCUCAGAUGGCCUUUGUAAUGGCAAAUACACCAAACUAUGCAUUUCUACUAAUGUUUUACUUAAAAAGUCAAACUUAAUCAUUUCUAUAUUCCAGAAACAGUUCUAAACACAUAUUGCACGUGUUGUGUGUACUUAACAUUGAAUGCUUUAAUAAAUCUUUAGACAUAA